AUGUCUACCCAAGGACCCUAUGCAUUGGCUGAUUUCGUGCGACUGGAGAAGAUUGGCGAAGGUAAUCCGUUUCUAAGUAAUAUUUUACGAGCCUCAGGAACCUAUGGGGUGGUUUACAAAUGCCGCAAUAGAAAGAAUUCGCUCCUAGCUGCCUUGAAGAAAAUACGAUUGGAAAACGACGAGGAGGGUGUACCUUCAACUGCUAUUCGAGAGAUUUCCCUGUUGAAAGAGUUACAGCACCCUAAUAUCGUGAACUUAGAGCAAGUUAUUAUGGAUAAUGGAAGACUGUACCUUGUUUUCGAAUACCUUAAUGUUGAUUUGAAGCGUUAUUUGGACGACCAUGGAAGGAAAAACCGUCUAGAACCGCACGUAGUCAAGAGCUUCAUGUAUCAGAUGCUCCAAGGUUUACUGUUUUGUCACGGAAGAAGAGUGAUUCAUCGUGAUUUAAAGCCGCAAAAUAUACUGGUGGACAGUGCAAGAAAAAUAGUCAAACUAGCUGAUUUCGGUCUUGCUCGCGCGUUUGGUAUACCUGUUCGUGUUCUUACGCACGAACUGUUUUCUUUGCUGAACAUAGUCGACAUAAUCUUUCAGAGUAGUGGUCUAUCCGCUGUUGGUGUUCACAGCAGCUCGGGGUCCAAGGUACUCAAUACAGAUCUGCGCCCAACCAAAUCAGGCGGUUGUGCUCUGCUCCACAAGCUUACAGGUAACGACAGUCAACUUACGUUCUGCACAGAUCACCAUCCGCUCAUGUCCAGUGUGAUAUUCCGACAUCUCUCAACCGAGGGCAGCGUGGUGUUCUAA